AUGGAAAAUGAGAUCAAGAAAGGCAAGGAAAAGAUCGAGUUAAAGUUAAUUGAAUUUGAGAGAGCACGCGCUAUAAGUUUUUCCCAAAGGAAAAAUACCCUGUUACAAGAUGCAGAAAAGCUUGCAAAACAGAGUGGAUAUGAAGUUGGCGUUAUGCUUUUUUCACCCGGUGGAAAACCAUUUUCUUGUGCUUCCACAAGUAUAGAAGAUAUAAUUGGUAAGUUUUUGAAAGGGAAACUGGAGGAUCACCAACGUUAUCAUGUUGAGGUUAAAUCAAUUGGAUUUGAGGAACUUGAAGAUCUUCGCAAAGACUUGCAAACACUUAACAAGAAAGAAAGAAGAUGA